AUGGAGACCUUGUACCGCGUCCCAUUCUUAGUGCUUGAAUGCCCCAACCUGAAGCUGAAGAAGCCGCCCUGGGUGCACAUGCUGUUGGCCAUGACGGUGUAUGCUCUGGUGGUGGUGUCUUACUUCCUCAUCACCGGAGGAAUAAUUUAUGAUGUUAUUGUUGAACCUCCAAGUGUUGGUUCUAUGACUGAUGAACAUGGACAUCAGAGACCAGUAGCUUUCUUGGCCUAUAGAGUAAAUGGACAAUAUAUUAUGGAAGGACUUGCAUCCAGCUUCCUGUUUACAAUGGGAGGUUUAGGUUUCAUAAUCCUGGACCAAUCGAAUGCACCAAACAUUCCAAAACUCAAUAGAUUUCUUCUUCUAUUCAUUGGAUUCGUCUGUGUCCUAUUGAGUUUUUUCAUGGCUAGAGUAUUCAUGAGAAUGAAAGUGCCAGGCUACUUGAUGGGUUAAAAAAUGUCUUUUGACAAGAAAUCCGUGGAUAUUGGAUUUGCUCCUGUUAAUGAAGUUUUAAAGGCUGUACCAAUCCUCUGAUGUGAAAUAUGGAAAAAGUGAAGCAGCAGAAAAGAAGCAUCUCAUGAGAAAUAGGAAUCAUAUUAAAGCUUGAACUAGAAUGUCUUCUUGGUAUCAAAGAGACAAACUUCCCACAGUAUUUCUCCUGCUGGC